AUGGUUGCUAAAAUUCGCACGCAAAAAUUCUUCUCGUCCACUGGACGAGUGACACAGCCAGAACCACUUGUCCAGUCAGAUUUUUACUCGUCUGUGAUGACUGGACGGGUGACACAGCCAGAACCACUUGUCCAAUCAGAUGUUUACUCGUCUGUGACGACUGGACGAGUGACACAGCCAGAACCACUUGUCCAGUCAGAUGUUUACUCGUCUGUGACGACUGGACGAGUGACACAGCCAGAACCACUUGUCCAGUCAGAUGUUUACUCGUCUGUGACGACUGGACGAGUGACACAGCCAGAACCACUUGUCCAGUCAGAUGUUUACUCGUCUGUGACGACUGGACGAGUGACACAGCCAGAACCACUUGUCCAGUCAGAUGUUUACUCGUCUGUGACGACUGGACGAGUGACACAGCCAGAACCACUUGUCCAGUCAGAUGUUUACUCGUCUGUGACGACUGGACGAGUGACACAGCCAGAACCACUUGUCCAGUCAGAUGUUUACUCGUCUGUGACGACUGGACGAGUGACACAGCCAGAACCACUUGUCCAGUCAGAUGUUUACUCGUCUGUGACGACUGGACGAGUGACACAGCCAGAACCACUUGUCCAGUCAGAUGUUUACUCGUCUGUGACGACUGGACGAGUGACACAGCCAGAACCACUUGUCCAGUCAGAUGUUUACUCGUCUGUGACGACUGGACGAGUGACACAGCCAGAACCACUUGUCCAGUCAGAUGUUUACUCGUCUGUGACGACUGGACGAGUGACACAGCCAGAACCACUUGUCCAGUCAGAUGUUUACUCGUCUGUGACGACUGGACGAGUGACACAGCCAGAACCACUUGUCCAGUCAGAUGUUUACUCGUCUGUGACGACUGGACGAGUGACACAGCCAGAACCACUUGUCCAGUCAGAUGUUUACUCGUCUGUGACGACUGGACGAGUGACACAGCCAGAACCACUUGUCCAGUCAGAUGUUUACUCGUCUGUGACGACUGGACGAGUGACACAGCCAGAACCACUUGUCCAGUCAGAUGUUUACUCGUCUGUGACGACUGGACGAGUGACACAGCCAGAACCACUUGUCCAGUCAGAUGUUUACUCGUCUGUGACGACUGGACGAGUGACACAGCCAGAACCACUUGUCCAGUCAGAUGUUUACUCGUCUGUGACGACUGGACGAGUGACACAGCCAGAACCACUUGUCCAGUCAGAUGUUUACUCGUCUGUGACGACUGGACGAGUGACACAGCCAGAACCACUUGUCCAGUCAGAUGUUUACUCGUCUGUGACGACUGGACGAGUGACACAGCCAGAACCACUUGUCCAGUCAGAUGUUUACUCGUCUGUGACGACUGGACGAGUGACACAGCCAGAACCACUUGUCCAGUCAGAUGUUUACUCGUCUGUGACGACUGGACGAGUGACACAGCCAGAACCACUUGUCCAGUCAGAUGUUUACUCGUCUGUGACGACUGGACGAGUGACACAGCCAGAACCACUUGUCCAGUCAGAUGUUUACUCGUCUGUGACGACUGGACGAGUGACACAGCCAGAACCACUUGUCCAGUCAGAUGUUUACUCGUCUGUGACGACUGGACGAGUGACACAGCCAGAACCACUUGUCCAGUCCUUGAGCUUUGACCCCUGGGCAUUGCCUCAUAUGGGAACCCCAGGGGUCCUGGAAACUUUUGAUCUAGGCCCCAAGAUGUACCGUACCAUAGGGCAGGAGAAUCCAACUACAGUUUGUUCCCAUCUGGAGAAGAUGAUUUUUGAUGAUUAA